AUGGGGCGAGGAAUUCUGAACUUCAACGUGUAUGAUGGUUCCCUCGAGGCCAUUGUCCACGGCUACAAGGACGGGUUUCUCCGUCCAGAAGAAUACGCCAGUUUGGUCCAGUGUGACUCACUGGGUGACAUGAAGUCACAGUUGCAGGUCACAGAUUAUGGUAAUUUCCUGCAGCAUGAUGGGCAGGCACAGUUGAGCGCCCGAGUUAUUGUCGAGCGUGCACAGGAACAUUAUGCGAAACAGUUGCGUGAGCUAAGGUCUUGGGCGGCGCCACCGCUAUCCCACUUCCUCGAUUUCAUCACGUACGAACACAUGAUCGCAAACGUGCUGAAGCUCAUCAUCGCAAAGCGCAGUGGGCGUGACGGCAUGCAGUUGUUGACCCGCUGCCAUCCUCUCGGCUGGUUCCCUGAACUUGCCAGUUUAACCGCUGCGGCUGACGUGCGUGAAAUGUUUGAGGUGGUUCUGAUUGACAGUCCAGUCGGUCGUUUCUUCAACGCCAACGGUGGCCUGGAGAGUGAUCUGGAUGAGCUGUCUGUGGAGUACAUCCAGGGCAUGCUAAUGAAGAACUACUAUGAACAGUUCUACGAUCUCUGUUGUGAACUGGGUGGCGCAACUGCGGAAGUAAUGUGUCCACUACUGGAGCUUGAAGCAGACCUGACAGUGCUAAGGAGUACUGUGAACACAAUGGGCGUUCCCGACAUCCAUGCAACUGACAGGCGGCGGCUGUUCCCGAGUUUUGGGUCACUGGUCGACAUCCACGACGAUAUCGCGGAGGCUGAGAGCGUGGAGCAGCUUCGCGAGCGAGUCCGGCGUUUUGGACUCAUGCAUGAACUGCUUGAUGACAGCCGGUACAACUCUACUUCCUCUUCUUCUGCUAAGGGGGGUAACAACAACAGGGGCAAUAAUGCCGUUAGUGGCGCUGCAUCUGGCCAAACUGGAGCUUCUGCGGCAGGUGCCUCUUCGUUGGAACGGCGGUUUGUGGAGGUGACUGUGGCCUUGUAUAGAGAUGCUCUCAGUCGACAGUUUCAAUAUGGUGUUUUCUACGCGUGGGCCAAACUGAAGGAGCUUGAGGUUAGUAAUUUGCACUGGAUUGCCGACUGCAUCGCACAGGGGAUGAUGCACCGCGUAGAUGAGUACGUGAGCAUAUUUUAA